AUGCACAUCACUCUGGCCCUUCUUUGUGUCGCUCUUGUGGCGGCUCCUGGUUGCACAGGUUUCCCCACAAAGGGAGACUCCAUCAGUAAUACCAUAUACAACAUAAUAAAUAUUGCUAAGACAACACUGGUUCACAUCAAGAAGCUAAGGACAAAAUUGCUGGUCGGGCCACAGAUUGAGGUCACCAGUCCUUCCAUCGAGGGACUGACGAGCAUCACGUAUGAACUGGGAUGUCUGGACAGCGAGCUGCAGAGCCCCUUCACAGAGCUCCUCAGCCAGAUCCACGCGGACGUCUCCAGCCUGGAGGGCAGGGUCCGGUCCCUUGCCCAGACAACGCUGUGUCCCGUCAGUGACCGACCCGCUGGAGAGACGGUGAGGGAAAACUUGUUCCCGGACAGUCACCUCCACCUGACUCUGAUUAAGGUGCAGCGUUAUCUCGAGAAGAUGCUGCUCAACAAGGACAAACUCAAGGUCUGCUGA